ACAAUCAUGCAUUUGUACUCCUUAUACCGGUGAUAGGAUUUUUUUUUUUUUGGCUCCUUUAUAAAGAGCGAUCCCUAGACUGUUUCGAGCUUUUGUCUACCUCUUGUCUACUGUAUCUGUCUUUGCCAAACGCAAACAACCGCACAACUUUGUCGCUAUGGACUUCCUCCCUGAAUCGAUCUUAUCCCUAAUUCAAGACAACCCUACAAUCCAACAACUCACCUCAUCCUCGAUCGCGUUUCACGUCAACAACGCCCGCACCACAUACCUGGAUCCCUACAUCUCUCACCUGAAAACAAGCUACCUGGACCCAUACAUCAUCCAGCCUCUUGCCACCAUGCUCGCCUCUUCAACGUCCGACCUUGUCUCGGUCCUUAUUCUCGCUCUCAUUCUCAUCAUCUCUCUCAAGGUCCUUGACUAUGCGCGACGUGUCGUCAUGUUCUGGGUUACGUUGGCGCUGCGAUUAAUCUGGUGGGGAUUUAUCCUCGGAGCCAUCUGGUACGCGUAUAAUGCUGGGUUAGAGAAGACCGGUCGCGACCUAGGCUGGUUCUACGGAGUCGUGAAGGGGUUCGCGGAGAAGUUCCAGGAUGGGUUUGAGGGCGGUCAGAGAUCUUCGUCGGCUACUGGAGGUUGGGGAGGGUAUGCUUCUGGUCGGGAUUUCCAGGUCCCUAUAGGGAGGAGUUGAGCUUUUAGCUGUCUCGACUUGGUUUUUACGAUUCAUGUGUGAUUAAUGCUGUUGCACUGUUCUUGGGUAUGUGCUGGAGAAAAGUGCCAACUUAGGGAGUUGGUGAUAUUUGCAUUAUCAGCGUUAAUGUUUUUUUUCCCCUUCACAUUUUCCUUCGUUGCGCUUCUACAAUGUUGGGAUUAUUAUGCAUACAUUAUUCAUUAUUAUUUGCGACAUUAUUUUGUUUUCAUGAUGGAGUCCGUUUAGAUACAUGACUAUAUCGUGGUAUGUCUGCGCCUCAGAUGAGGGAGCAAGCGCCCGAUGAUUGGGUUUUGCAUUGACUGCUCGCCAGCACAC